ACCAGUGCUUGUUUUGUGCGUUCCUGGGGAGUUGUGUGGCUGGUGCUUUAAUCUUUUAGAAGCUGGUGCUUGUGAGAUUCGGCUCCACGAAGAGCAGGUGUAGAGCAGGUGGAUGUAUCAGGUGCAUUUCGCAGCUGUUAUCUGUGAUCCCAUCUUUGCGCAGGCUUUAGGACCCGCGGGAUGAGCUGGAUGAAAGGUUAAAGUCUGCGCACCUCCAGCAUCUAGAAGUGAAGGGUUGGUCCUGAACUUGCCUCGUCUUGUCCCUCUGGUGCUCCAUGGAUGCAGCUCCUCUCCUUACAGAGCUGGCGAAUAUGUGCGACGUGUUUCUUUUUCUUGGAUAAUCCCUCAUCACCUUGGUGAAAUGCAAUCCACUUCAAAGUUCAAGCAAUGCUCGGCAGCUAUGCGGGGCUGAGUUCUGAGUUUCCGCUGUGCGCUCCCCAGUAUGAGGCUGUGCAGAGCUACUGCCCGGAGGAGGAUGCUCUGCCUCUGGCUGCUGCUCCUCGGUUUCGCCCUUGUCACUCUGGCGCUGUCGGACCUGUUGAGCCGCGACAGAUUCUCCAGCCAUCAGAAUCCUGGUCCUCCUCGUCACCCCCUGCAGCGGUCCCCGAGUCCACCGGACCUGGAAGUCAUCGUGGACUCCCGGGACCCUGCCUUGGAGCUCGGCGUCGACCUCUCCCCGCUAAAAUCUUUUCAAGAGGACCAGCUCUUAUUCGUGCCAAUGCCAUCCAUACAAGGCACCAGGAGCGCGCCGCAGAAGAAGGGCAGCUACAAGGUGCUGCUGCCCGGAGCUAAUAAGGACAACACCUUUCCUGCGGCUCCGACGCACGGGGAACCGGGCCAAGCGCUGCGGAUACACCUGGAGGGUGUGGAGAGGGAGACGGAGGUGGCUGCUGUGAUGAAGUACGGAUUUAACGAGGUGGUCAGCGAGAGGAUUUCACUGCAUCGCGGGCUGCCAGAGGCGCGCCAUCCGGGGUGUCUGGGGGAACAGUACAGUAAGUCUCUGCCGUCUGCGAGUGUUGUUAUAUGUUUCCAUGAUGAAGCCUGGUCCACGCUCCUGCGCACUGUACACAGCGUCCUCACCACUGCGCCCAAACAGUACCUGCGUGAGGUUCUGCUGGUGGACGACCUGAGCAUGCACGGUCACCUGAAGACUGUGUUGAGUGAGUAUGUGUCACAUCUGGAUGGGGUGCGUUUGAUUCGCAGCACCAGGCGCCUAGGCGUCGGUGGGUGCCGCACCCUGGGUGCUGCCAGGGCUGCAGCGGAGGUGCUGGUGUUCAUGGACUCCCACUGUGAGUGUCAGAAAGGCUGGCUGGAGCCACUCCUGGAGAGAGUGGCCCAGGACAGGACCAGAGUGGUGUCCCCUAUCAUGGAUGUGAUAGACUGGCAGACCUUUCAGUACAACGCCACCCAGUGGCCGGUGAGGGGGGUGUUUGACUGGAAACUGGACUUUUUCUGGGAAUCAAACCUUCUGCUGCAAGACAAGGAUCCAGAGUCUGCUGUGCAACCUUUACGGACUCCAGCAUUAGGAGGAGGCGUUGUGGCUGUCGAAAGAUAUUUCUUCCAGAAGAUAGGAGCCUACGACCCGGGGAUGCUGUUGUGGGGAGCAGAGCAAAUUGAGCUGUCAAUCAGGGUGUGGUCAUGUGGGGGCUCCAUGGAGGUGGUCCCCUGCUCACGUGUGGCCCACCUCAUGCACCACCACCUGCCAUAUCGCUUCCCAGACCAGGAGCUGCUUCAGAGGAAUAAGAUCCGCAUUGCAGACACAUGGAUGGACGCCUACAGGAAGAUAUUCUACAGGAGGGACACACUGGCUCAUUUCAUCAGGCAGUCUGAGAGCCCCAACAUCACCGAGCGUCUGCGGCUAAAGAGAAGUCUCGGCUGCAGGAACUUCCACUGGUACCUGACAGCAGUUUAUCCACAGCUGUACAUCCCACAGGACAGACCUGCACUGUCAGGCGAGGUAACACAUACGCACACACACACACACGCACAUCUCUAA